AUGGCAUCUUGCCCACCGGCUCCGGUGACAGGCUCAUCCGAUCUGCCAUACGAUAUUGCCCACGAGCGCGAAUUCUACAAGUACUUUCAUCCUCUUCGACUUGGCUUCACUGGCCGCGAUACGCGCAACAACUUCAAUGGUCGUCCAAGAGCCCGCGCAUCCCCAGACAGGGCGUUGACGGCUUUCGCACAACUAGCCACGCUCCGUUUGAAUUGCAAGCGUGCCGCCAUAUCCUUCUUCGACAGAGACAAUCAAUACAUCCUCGCUGAAGCCACAAAGUCGCUCAGUUUACAGACCGAAUCCGUCUAUGACCUAGGCGAUCAGAUAGAUCUGGGCGCAAGCAUACAUCCCAAGCGCGGCAGUAUCUGCGAGAACUCGAUCAACUUCCCUUUCGACACUGUCGCCGAGGGCAAAGACGAGUCCGUCUUCAUCGUUCCAGACCUGCGUGAAGAUGCAAGGUUCGGCCACCAACCAUACACGACUGCACACAACUGGAGGUUCUAUGCCGGUGUACCAAUCGUUUCCCCAAAUGGCUACAAGAUCGGUGCCUUUUGCAUAAUUGAUGAUCAGCCUCGUGAAAGUCUCUUGCCGGGGGAGAUCGCCUUCAUGAAAGACAUGGCCACCACCGUCAUGCUACACAUGGACAUGCUACGUUCACAAUCAGAAAGCAUCAAAGGCGAAAGAAUGGUGCACGGCUUGGGCUGUUUCGUCGAGGGUAAGGACACGUUGGGUGAUUGGAGAGCAUUGGGCGCCGAUUGGGAAGCGUCUGGACAUGCUCAAGACUCACCGUCUCGUUGGGCCGAACGUCAGUACUCCAGACACCAUGACGAACCACCAGACAUUACCUUGAACGAUGACAAGUUUCCUCCAUCUCCUGACGAUUUUGGUGUGCAUGUGGACAUCCAUCAAUCUCCUUCGCGUCGAGGCUCGCAUGUAUCGUCUAAUGGCUCCAAUCAGCCAUCGCCUAUCCCUGAGGAUCCCAAGGCUAAAAAGACUUCGCCGACGGGGCAUCUUGCUCCCGAGGUCAAAGCCACGUUUGGGCGCGCCGCCUCCAUCAUCCGCGAAUCACUGCAAAUCGAUGCAGUCGUGAUUUUUGAUGCAACCGCCCGCUCUACGUUUGGCGGCCUUGUUGAUCGAGCAGCUGAUGAACGACCUAAACGACGCAAGCUAUCUUCCGCGUCAGAAGGAGGUCCAUUCACUGCAUCAGGCUCGGACGAUUCUAGCUCGGAGCACGUAACGACGGAGACAGCGAGUAAGAAAGAAGACCUAAAGCCAUCGGAAAUUCUCGGUCUCUCAACUCCUGCUAUGCAUAAUAUGGAUGAAAAGAGUCAUGCAAAACUCACAGAUGGAAUGACCGAAGGUUUCGUGCGAACACUACUGCGCCGCUAUCCACAUGGCAAGGUGCUCAACUUUGACGACGGUGACCAGACAAUAGUACCAACAGUUGCUGUACAAUCGGAAGCAAUGGACGGCUCGAUCUCACCCAAGAGUACGACGAAAAAGCGAAAACGUCUAAGAUCCAGCGAAGCGAAAGCCCUCAAGCAUCUGUUCCCUGGCGUCCGCAGUCUUGCAGUUGUCCCCAUGUGGGAUUCUAAUCAAAAGUUCUUCAGCGCUUGCAUCGCGUGGACCACGGAUCCACAUAGAACACUCACAACUCAUUCUGAGCUCAGCUACCUGUCAGCAUUCGUAGAUUGCACGAUGACGGAGGUCGCACGUAUCAACGCCGGAAUUGCCGACAAAGCAAAGUCGGACUUUAUUUCGUCCAUCUCACAUGAACUCCGAAGCCCCCUUCAUGGUAUUCUCGGUAGCGUAGAGUGUCUCCAAGACUCGAUCCUGGACCCAUUCCAAGAAAACCUCGUACAUACGAUGGAAACCUGUGGAAAGACCUUAUUGGACACUAUCGAUCAUCUGCUCGACUUCGCGAAGAUCAACAACUUCACUAGGAAGAGUACGCAGCGGCAGAGCAGUUCCUCGGAUCCUCAUGCACAGAAACAGAACUUUGCCUUGGAUGCUGAUGUUGAUCUAAGCGUUGUGACUGAGGAGGUUCUCGAGACUGUCUUUGCUGGGCAUGACUUCAUCAGAGCCGGAAGAGAGACUGAUCAGAUGCCUACAAAAAACAAGCAAGCUGGAGGACAGUCGACAAAGCCAGAACGCGAGCAGAAUGUUUCGAUUGUCGUCGACAUAUCAAAGGCACAAGACUCACACUGGAUCUUUCGUACGCAAGCAGGGGCCUGGCGCCGAAUCUUGAUGAACAUUUUUGGCAACUCACUCAAAUACACAUCCAGCGGAUUCAUCCAAGUCAAGCUCGACAGCGAGCCAUUACCCUCGAAGGAUCAAGGCGGCUCAUCCAAGGUCACGUUGUCUGUGACUGACUCUGGAAAAGGCAUGUCCAAGGAUUAUCUUGAAAAGCGGCUCUUCACACCAUUUGCGCAAGAGGAUGCCAUGCAGCCUGGUACAGGCUUAGGUCUAGCUAUCACAUCAGCGAUCAUCAAGUCUAUGGGCGGUGAAAUCGAUGUACAAAGCGAACAGGGCAAAGGUACCAAAACGACAGUGACGUUAAACAUGGUGCAUGUUCCUCUUAAGGAAGAAGAGGUUGAACAAAGCGUUAUCAUGAGUGCAGCGAGGAGGACGAAAGGAAUGAAAAUUGGAUUCAUUGGGUUCGACGCAGACUCGUUUGAAACGGAACCCAAGCCCGGUACGCGAUCACCGGAGAAUGCAGGCCACCGGUUUAUGUCUUCGUUCCACAGGAUGUGUCAGAACUGGUUCGGGAUGGAUAUGCAAAUCACGCAAGGUCUGGAUCAAUCCGGCGUCGACGUGUUUUUGACAACGGAGAAAGGACUAGAGCAAGUGGAAACGCAACUGCACAAGCGCAUGAUGAGCAAGUCUGACAAGGAGGCUCAAGAUAAGGAAGCUGAUAUCCCCUUGUUGGUCAUUUGCAAUUCGGUCGCUGCUGCUAACACCAUGAUGCAUAAUCCGAAAACAAGCGUUUCUGGAGUCCUGUCACAACCAUGCGGUCCACGAAAACUAGCAAAAUCACUGACACUCUGCUUGGAAGCACACAAGAACUCGAAAGAUCCUGGUAAACCCAUGCCGUCCGUGCGCAAGGCCUUGGAAGAUAGCCUAGGAUCAGACCUCAACGAUAGUCCUUUCCGAAAAGUCAUGGAGUCCGAGGACCACGCAUUAGCCGUAGAAGCCGAGACAAAAGGCCGUAAUGGGGAUGCACCGCUCAAACAUCCUCAACUGGACACUAUGAAGAUCGCGCAAGGCAGAACUCGAAUGGCGAAACUAGACACUUCGUCCUCGAAGCAAGGCGACUCACCUUCGUCACCGGCACCAACAACAGGAUCUACGAGCCCCUUUUCACGACACAAUUCUGAUGAGAACAAAAAGCCCAUUCAAAAGAUCUUGCUCGUGGAUGACAAUAAGAUAAAUUUACAGCUUCUGGUCACUUAUAUGGAGAAGAGCGGACAUGCUUUUAUGACGGCUAAUAACGGUUUGGAAGCCUUUGAAGCCUAUAAAUCAGAAUGCGAAGACAAUGACAACAACAGUGAUCAAAUGGUGGAUCCACCAUUCGAUUAUGUUCUCAUGGAUCUAUCUAUGCCAGUAAUGGACGGCCUAACCUCUACCCGCAACAUCCGCGCUCACGAACGGGCCAAUAACAUCAAACCCGCCAUCGUAAUCGCACUAACAGGACUUGCGAGUGCGAGUGCACAACAAGAAGCGUUCAGCAGUGGCAUCGACACAUUCAUGACCAAACCUGUCAAACUCAAGGAAUUGGGUAAGCUGUUGGAGGCGGAUAAUCAGAAAUUGGGCGGUAGGAGUGUGGAUAAGGAGAAGAGUUUGUAG